AUGGCUAGUCGGAAGAAGCCUUUAGCGGAGCAGCUAGCGGAGCUGCUAACCCCCGCGCCGACCGCGGGCCACGAGGACCCCGAGGACGCGCAGGGCUUCGGCGCAGAGGCGCGCGCGAUCUUCGGCGGAGACGACUCGGCGGAAGCGGGGGAAGGAUGGAGCGCGGGAGAAGCCGGGAUUGUGCGCGUGGGGGAGGCUGGCGCAGGGCAGAAGCGCGGGGAGCGCAAGUCUGCGGUCAAGGAGAAGGGGCUGAAUUUGCGCGGGAAUUUGGUAAUGGAGGGACGGGAAUACGGGGGGAAUAAGAGCAGCAGAUCGGCUCUUUUUGACGGGUGGGCGGAUGACGAUGAUGACGCGGAGGAUGACGACAUGGAGGAUGAUGUGGAUGAGAGAAUGCAGAAGGCUGGUGAUGCGGGGAGGGUUGAAGAUCAAGAGGUGGAGGAAGGGAGUGAAGAGGAGGAGGAGGGGGAAGAUGGGGAGGACGGGGAGGACAACGCAGACGAGGAUGAGGAUAACGAGGAUGACACUAGCGAGGACGAGUAUAGCGAGGAUGCCGAGGACGAGGCGUUACAAGGGAGUGAGGACGAGCUCGAGGGCGGCGCGCUCUUGACGGCGGCGCGCGCCACGAUGGACCUUGGGAUGGACGCGCUCGAUCGAGACUUCGAGGCCGCUUUAAAGGACGAGUUUCGGCCAGCUGCUGCAGUAGCGGGACGGGAUCUAAGAGCUAGUAACGAGGACGAUGAUGACGAGGAUGGGGAGGGUGUAGGUCACGGGGGAGGCGGUGGGGACGCCGGCGGCGGCGCGCCGGUGGCUAUAGCGAGAAGUGCUUUUAAAGGGGCGGUUCGUGACGAGGAUAAGGGCCGCGCGGUAGCCGCGCAACGCGCGCUGUGGGACCGCGCGCUGGAGCUCCGCAUAGCCCUACAGCGCCCGCUGCAGUCCGCGUGCCGCCUCCCCCACGCGCGCGCGCACGCCGCCUACGCGGCUGUAGCGCCGGACGCGGCGGCGGAGUUCCAGGCUGUAGCGGCCGGCACGCGGACGGCUAUCCGGCAGUUCCUGACGUUGCAGGACGAGCUGUUCAGCCGGAACGCGGCGGUUGACGGCUCUUUCAAAACCGCGCGGGAGGCGCUGGCGGGAGGCGGAGAAGGGGAAGGAUCGGGGCGACAGGGGCAAGGAGGGGAAGGAGACACCGUCGGGGGUUUAAGCGGAGGUUUAGGGUUCGAUCAGGGUUCUAUAGAGGGUGGGAGCUGCGAGGAGGUCUGGGAGCAGAUCUCGAGGAUGUACGAACGGUUCCGACCCUUCUCCCAGAGCUCCAUAGACAGGUGGCAUCGCAAGACCCUGCUGACUUCAGGGGCCAUGGCGGCGGGUCGCAACAGCAGCCGGCUGAGGGCGCUCAACCAGAGCGUCUCCCAGCAGGUCGCCUCUGCCCUCCGCGCCCCCGGUCGCCUCAUCCAACGGUCCAGAUUGCCCCGCGAGACCGUCAGUGUGAUUGGAGCGAAAGCGGAAGCUCUGGCUGCUGCUGGUGCGGCUGGGAAGAAGCGGAAGGGGUUGGAUGGUGUACGUGGAGGGGAGAGAGAGGGAGUGGUGAUGGGGGAGAACGGUUUUGUGCAGGGAAAGCAGGGUGAGGAGGAGGAGGAAGAAAAGGAGGGGAGCCAAAAGCAGCAGGUGGCGGAGCAGGAGGAAGAGGAGGAGGAAGGGGGAGGGGGGGAGCAGGGGGAACAGGAGGGCGAGUGGGACAUGGAUUCAUACGACGAUACAGAGUUCUACCAACAGCUUCUUCGAGAGUUCCUCGACUCAUCCCACCUCGAAGAACUCGGCAUUGCCUCCCAGCAGGUGGUGCGGCGGCUGAGAGGCAGCAAGGGCAAGGCAGUGGACAGGCGGGCGUCCAAGGGCCGCAAGGUGCGGUACGCUCCGAUGCCUGCUCUUGUUAAUUUCAUGGCUGCGGAGCCGGUGCAGCUGCCGCCCGUUGUGGAGCGGCUGUUUGGAAACCUCUUCGGACAGGUGCAUGGGAAGAACAAGGGCAAGGCGGUGGACAGGAGGGCGUCCAAGGGCCGCAAGGUGCGGUAUGCGCUGAUGCCGGCUCUCGUGAACUUCAUGGCCGCGGAGCCGGUGCAGCUGCCGCCCGUGGUGGAGCGGCUAUUUGGGAACCUCUUCGGGCAGGUGCACGGGAAGAAGUAG